AUGAAUAGCCAAUUUAUGAUCUCACAUUUUCAGAAUUCUAAGGCUAAGACAACCGCAAGAAUGAACUCAAGGCAUCGUCCAUUACAUGCUAGUGGAGUCUCCAUCUUAGCAACUGUUGACAUUGCCAUAGAAAAAACACAACAUAUCAAUGGACCAUUAGGUUCAACAUUGAGAAGGGUAGCAAAUUUAGCCAAAUUUGCCACCCCUUUUAUCUACGCCAUGCAAAUCCAAUGGCUAACAAUUCUCUCCUUCAUCGAUGAUGCCAUUCUAGCAAUUGAAAAAUUUACGGAGAAAUUGUUUCCCCCUUCAACCCACGUGUUCGACAUAGUUGAUGAAAUUGUGCUAAUGAUAGUGUUCCUGCCAGAAAAAUUUGAUGGUGCGGUGAACAAGUUUUCUACAAUAAUCCACCAAGUGCCAUUCUUGGAUUGGGCACUGACCCUUGUAAUCUCAAGGUUGAACAGAUUGGUUUCCACGUUGAACUAUUGGGGACAUGAAAAUUCAAGAGUAAACGAGAAAACAAUAGGUGUUGAUAGGAGUUGCAAUGAAGGGUACCUUCCCAUGGAUUCCUCGGAUGAUAUUAACCAUGAGAGUUUGGAAAAUUUUCCUCCUAUGAUACCAGAAUGUGAACAUAAAGCGGUUCAUGACAUUUCAUUGUCGAGUCGUGUAAAAGGGUCAUACAAGGAAGCAUUGGAGAGGGGGAAAGAAGAGACCCCAAAUGAGAAAAUGGAGAGAGAGUGUGAGAUUGUUGAGAAUUGA